GCAAAGAAACCCACCGACCCGCAAGCCUCGCGCUCCCCUCGCAAAAGCGCCCGGGCGGAGCAGCGCGAUCCGCCUCCGGAAAGGCGGAGCACCUGCGCUCUUCGUGCCCGCCCGCUCGCCCGUCCGGCGGCCUGCGCGUCUCCCGGGGCCAGCGGAGGGUCCGGAGCCUCCCGGGUGUGAGGGGGUGGGGGGGACGGGCGAGCCGGGAUGGAGGGGGCGCUGCUGCAGCUCCUCUCCUGGACCUCCCUGGUCUUCACGCUGGGCAUGUUCGGCACCGGGCUGACUGACCUCCGGAAAAUGUUUGCAACCCGAAGCGUGGAAAAUAUCCAGUUUCUCCCCUUUCUGACGACCGAUGUAAACAACCUAAGUUGGCUAAGCUAUGGUUUCCUGAAGGGCGACUGGACGCUGAUCGUGGUUAACGCUGUGGGCGCGACGCUGCAAUCUCUGUACAUCCUGGUUUAUUUCUUCUUCAGCGCGGAGAAGGUGGGUGGGCUUGUCCCAUAGAUCAAGACCCCCCCC